AUGUCGAUGGAUCCAUAUUUUAAUUUACCACAGACAGCUAGUGAUGAUAUUUAUCAUGAUAACUUUGUUAUUAUGGACGAUAAAAACAAUUUUAUUUCCGACGACAUGAAUAUUUUCUCCGAUCACAAUUAUCAAUACCCUAUUUCUGAUGACUCAAACAAUACUGGUGUUACUAUUUCUCACCAUAGCUAUCAGAGAUCUAUUUCAAGUGAUACAUCAUUCGAUAACGUUGAUUUUUCCUCCGAUAACUGUAAGUCGAGCGAUCAUAAUACGAUUUUUCCCCAUAACGAUCCAACUCCUAAUUAUGAUAAUCAACAGUUUAUCUCUAAUGACAAUCGUUCUAAUAAUAUUAAUUACAAACCCAAUCCGCAAUAUACUGAUCCAAAUCAAUAUCAGUCUAGUAACUUUCCUUCUCUUAACUCAAUUAAUAUUACUAUUCAUUCACCUCAGGAAAAUCUUACUGAAAUACUCAAAUUUGGAAUCAAAAUUAUUAUUAUGCCAUUGACCAGUGAUAAAUAA